GUAGCGCGUGCAACCCACGUGACGGAUACAUAAAAGGGGAAAAUCGCAAAAUCAAAAUUAUAAUUUUCUCUCUCUCUCUUCUCUCUCUCUCCUCUUUGUUCCCUGCUCAAGUUUUUUUGCUCGCCCCCCCUACUACUACUGACCGACUCUCUCUCACACUUACAUACGGAUUUACUCACCACUCAAACAAAGAAAAAGCUCUUCUGUCUCUAACAAUUACCCGCCAAAAGGUCCGUGCGGAUUUCAACCCCGGUGCGACGAGUAGAUGCCGGUUUCGGCUUGAUUCUUCUUCUUUGGGGUUUCCUUUUGCUGCUGGAUGGAAUCCGCGGCCGAUUGUGUUGAGCCGUCGGAGGCGAGAUCGGAGCCUGUCGGUGAGAAGAGGCCGGCGUCUGAGGAUGUUGAUGUGUUGAAGGAGGGCUCUCCGCAUAAGAGAAUUAGAGGAGAAAGUGAGCGGAGUUUUGUUGGGGAUGUGAAGAAGGUGGCUGAGAUGGUCCUGGUGUUGGCGGCGAUGGGAAAAAUGAGGGCGGGGAAGGGGCCCACUGACGUUGAGAAGGAAUUGAUGGCGGAAGCACGCAACAGGUUGGCCAAGGUUUGCGAGGGUUUUGCACCCAAGGAUGUGUUCCCUAGGGAUGCUUUUGGGGGUGUGAUUGAGGAUUUGGGCCUUAAUAAAUUGAAAGAUCAGAGGCUAGGGUUUCGGCCUCCGAAAAUGUCCAUUGCUGAAAAGUUAUUGGUUUCCAAACGAAAGAUGGAAAAGGCAGAAAAUUUCUCUCUGCCAUCCACUCCACAUUCAUCUCGUUUGCUCCCAAAUUCUGGCGCAGCUGUUGAGAAUCGCAAUCCAUCACAUUUGGCUCGAAUAUCUCAUCCAGAUAAAGCAAGUCACAUGUCAAUAUCUUCUGGAAGCUUCCAACUGACUUCACCUUUAGCCCAUAGUACGCAAGCAAAUUCUACAUCUUUGCCAUAUCAGCUCCCUUCCAGUGAGGUAAGACCAAUGACUUCCAGUGCAUUACCCUCUAGCCAUUUCGGUUCAGCAGCAAUGCAAAGAGUUGAUAGACCACAGCUCAAAUCAGAUGGAAGACCAAAUGGUGCUUCACACUCUUCACAAAUUCACGCAAAUUACUCUGCCAACCCAACUGCGAGGACUCCAACUUGGUCGAUGCAACCCCUGACCGCUUUAUCAUCCAAAGGUGGAUCAGAUAGUAAGGUGCCUGUGAACGUGUCCCUUAAGGUUGAGGGAGCUGCCGCAGUGGCCCCUCAGACUAUGUCAAGGACCGGUGUUGCUCAGAUAAUAGGAGGAUCGCCUGCGCAAAGCACUAACCACGUUCAGCCUCCUUUGGGAAGUACACAUGUUGAAAUUGGAAAGAUUGUCCAGAAACUAUUACAACCGCAGUUUUCUGAGCAACCUACAUGGAAUCCGCCUUCAAGGGACUACAUGAAUAAGGCUUUGACUUGUCAAAUGUGCAUGUCAACGGUAACAGAUAUUGAUAAUAUACUCAUUUGCGAUGCUUGUGAGAAAGGGUACCACUUAAAAUGCCUCCAGGCUACUAAUCAGAAGGGAGUUCCAAGAGGAGAGUGGCAUUGUGGAAAGUGCUUGUCUUUAAGCCAUGGUAAACCUUUGCCUCCUAAGUAUGGCCGUGUCAUGAGAAACAUAAAUACGCCAAAAGUGUCUUCCAAUUCAGCAGCUGUGCCGUCCACUUCAAGUAAAAGUGGUGAUGCCUCAGAUGAGAAGUUCAGCCAGUCAAAUAUAAUAAUUAAUGAGAACUCCAGGAUCGAAAACACUAAUUCUGAAGUUUCAGGCAAUAACUUUAGCCAUUCGACAUCUUUGUUGCAGAGAAAAGAAUGUAAAGAGAUGCAGAAGAACGAUCAUUUAUCCAGUAGGGUUAAGAUGGACGAUAAGGUAUCUUCUGGGAUUUACCCAAAUAAUUUGAUGAAAACUUCCAGUUCUGCCAGUGUUUCAUCUGCAAACUCAUUGACUGAAAAAAUUAGUGUUCCCGAAGUAGCUGAAUUGAAACCAAAUCGUUCUGAAGAAUUAGCGAUUGUUCCCAAUUCAUCUGAUAAGUCACAGACAAUUGUCAAUGCUGUAGAAGCAAGUCCAUCAAAGCAAUCUCUAGAAAACCAUGUGGUGAGAGAUUCAAAAGAAUCUAAUGGUGUUGACUCUUCAAACAAUACAAACCAGCAAAAUGAGCAAGAAGUUGUAUGUGACAAUCCUACAGAAAAUGCUUCAAGUGCUGUUACUAUGAAUCAAGGUAGGUCUUCAUCAGAUGGUUUGCGUGCUGUCGACUGGGUUGGUGAGCCAAUUCGUGUUUUGGAUGAUAAAAUCUAUUAUUCAUCUUGCUGCAUCAACGAACAUCUGUAUGAAGCAAUGGAUCAUGUUCUUAUUCGCAUUGAGAGUGGCAAACUUAUACCUGCAAAGAUACAGGAUAUGUGGGAGGAUAAAAAUACUACAACGAAGUGGGUAACAGUAAAUCAGUGUUACUUUCCUGGUGAUUUACCCGAGGCUGUUGGCCGGCCGUGUGGCCUGGAAAGCAGAGAGGUCUAUGAGUCUACUUGUGGCAAGGCAGUGAUGGCUCACUCGAUAGAAAGCCCUUGUGAAGUCCUUCCUCCAAGAAAAUUUGCUGAAGAAACUGAAAGCCGAAAUCAUUCAGGGGAACAAUUGAAUGAUAAUUUGCCUCCAAUUUAUGUGUGCAAAUGGAUUUACGAUGAAGCCAAAGGGCUAUUCCGGGAUAUUUCCUGUUAAAGGCGCAGCGCAGGCAUAUUAGGUGUUUGUUGCUGCCUGCUUUGGACCUUGACGGUGAAGAGGGAUGCCCGAGUGUACAAUAUGUAGCCUCUAAUUGUAGGUUUGUAUCACAGUUCAUUGAUAGGUGCAGCAUUUUACAAGUAGGGCAUUUUCCGAACACCUUUCGGUGCUCAUGCUCAAGAUUAAUCACAAAUAUAUAUAUGCUUGUUCAUUGUUGGAUGUAAAUGUGACUAAUAUUUUUCUCUGUUUUCUCCAAUCAUUUAAAUUAUUAAAUCUUAGUUGAUUUAUA